AUGGUCGCAGUGCAGCCCCUGCCGCCUUCUGAUGGGCAAAGGGUUGGGGUGCUCCUACGCAGGAAGGUCAAAUCUCUACAAGCGAGUCGAGGGCGCGCAGCUUGGACCCUCGUGUUGGUCAGCAGAGCCUUUCCUUCCAUGCCCGGUGCCCUGGCGCCCUCGCCUUCGGGGGCUUCUUUGAGCCCUCGGUUGCUGACGUCCCGGAUCUCCAAGGCCAGAUCUGCUGCUGCCGUCCUCUCGGAGGUUGCCUUGGUUGCGGACCUCCCCAUCUUCAACGAGUUCCAUGUGGGAGCCGCCCUCUCGAAACUGGCGCGGCUCAAAAACUCCAAAAGCCUGGGCCCGCGGGAGAUGAGGAGCCCUGCGUGGCGGAGGUUGGAGUUGCAGCUGCAGCGCCUGCUCUCCGCUGACCAGCUACAGCCCCGCCAGCUUUCCAACUGCCUCUGGGCCCUGGCGGUUCUUAAGGAGACCCGGCCACAGGUGCUCACGCUGCGCACGGUUCCCUUGCUCUUGCGACGCAUGAAGGCAAGGGCCAUGCAGAUGAAGGCCCAGGACGUAUCCAACAACCUCUGGUCCCUGGUUCAGCUGCGCAGCGACGCCCCGGCAGAGCAGCUUUGUUCCGCUGCCGAAGCUGUGGUGGGCCAGCUGCGCCGCACUGUGAGCUCCAUGAAUCCUCAAGAGUUGACGAACAGCCUCUGGUCCUUGGCGCAGCUGACGGAGUCAGCCUCCACGGCGAAGGCCCACCGAGCUUUGGUGGCCCUGGCCAACCGCCUCGCGCAAAAGCCGGGCGGACUGAUCCCGCAGGCACUGGCCAACUGUCUCUGGGCCUGUGCGGAGCUCCAGGACGCUCUGCCCAACACCACGAGCGCUGCAAGCGUGCGACGCGCCAUCCGGGAGGCUGUGCCUCCCUUGGCCUCCCGUGCAGCCGCUGCAGCUGGGAAGAUGAGGCCGCAGGAGCUGAGCAACUGCCUCUGGGCGGCCGCGCGGAUGCAACAGAGAGUUCCGGAAGUUCUGGUGCCAGUGAGGGCCGUGGCUGAGAACAUCGCGCAACGUGCAAGUGAGAUGAAGGAACAGGAGUUGAUCAACAGUCUCUGGGCAGCUACGUGCUUGGCGGACACGGUGCCAGAGGUGCGUGAAGCCGUGCCGGCCAUAUCGCAGUACUUGCCGCCGAAGGCCAUUCAACUGAUCUCCGAAAGCAGAGAAAGCAGAGCACUUGGGGUAUGA